CCUUUUCUUGCCUCGCCCUCCAAAGGCUGCCGUCAUGGCAUCAUCUUUGGCCCUUGAGUAGGCACCAAGCAACUCUUCGCUGGUUGCGUCAAUGGCAUCUAGCCAGUCGUCGUUUGGUUCGUCAAAUUGACUCCUGUAUUUGAAUGUAUACUUUAGGUAAAUCAAGCCACUCUGGCUAGACCCAGCAGCAGCUUCCUUCGGCAUCUCCCACCCACUCCCGAGUGCCCACACCUUGUAGGCAAUGUGCUCUUGGACUAAGUCCGUGGUGCAUAUGUAGGUGCAUACCGUGUUAUAAGCAGCUUGACAUGCUUGAAUGUCAUUUCCAAGGGCAAGAGAUGGUCUUCUAAUGCCGAAGUGAGACCAUAUGAGACAUUGGAUAAUUCCCUUGAUGUCUUCUCUCUCAGCCAAAUCGUUCUUUACAUAGAACCAUUCUUGCAUCCAGGCUCCUGGCCAUCUCUUGCGAAAUGUUGGAACUGGAUUGCUUACUUCGGAACGGGUUACGAAGCCAUAACAACCGAAAUUGUUGUGGUAUUGUUCUUUUCCAAUAGCCUUUGUCUCAUAAGACAAUUCAUGCAAGUUGCAGAAACAUUUCACAUUCGGCUCUUGUCCUUGGCUUCUCAUGGCCCAAAUAUAAACCCCUAUCCUGAUGAUGGCUUUAGGGGUAAGCUGAUGAAGGUAGACUUCGAAGGUUUUCAGCACUUCGACCAGCAUACUAUCCAAAGGGAACCGAAGCCCCGCUUUCAUAAAACUUCUAUAGACAACUACCUCGUCAGCUUCGGGCAGAGGGACAUUAUUUUCUCCUGUGCAUACCGUGUUAUAAGCAGCUUGACAUGCUUGAAUGUCGUUUCCAAGGGCAAGAGAUGGUCUUCUAAUGCCGAAGUGAGACCAUAUGAGACGUUGGAUAAUUCCCUUGAUGUCUUCUCUCAGCCAAAUCGUUCUUUACAUAGAACCAUUAUUGCAUUCAGGCUCCUGGCCAUCUCUUGGGAAACGUUGGAACUGGAUUGCUUACUUCAGAACGGGUUACGAAGCCAUAACAACCGAAAUUGUUGUGGUAUUGUUCUUUUCCAAUAGCCUUCGUCUCAUAAGACAAUUCAUGCAAGUUGCAGAAACAUUUCACAUUCGACUCUUGUCCUUGGCUCCUCAUGGCCCAAAUAUAAACCCAUAUCCUGAUGAUGGCUUCAGGGGUAAGCUGAUGAAGGUAGACUUCGAAGGUUUUCAGCACUUCGACCAGCAUACUAUCCAAAGGGAACCGAAGCCCCGCUUUCAUAAAACUUCUAUAGACAACUACCUCGUCAGCUUUGGGCAGAGGGACAUUAUUUUCUCCUUUAGCCUGAACAAUAGAAAUGUCACGAAAAUACCUUCCCCUCAUGGCAUCAAUCUAUCCUUGUUUGAUUGUCGACUUUCCGAAAACAACAUGGCUUGGCCUCCAGGGCCGAUCUUCGGCAUCCUCAGUCUCACUUUCAGCAUCAAAGUCUUCACUGUCACUAGAAUCCUCAGAUAUUUCGGCUAAUGUUUCAUGUGCAUUUUUUUCUGCAUUAGUCCUCUCCAUAGCUUCGUAAAACUCAGACAACACUGGGUCCAUAGUCUUCUUCUCACCAGUCAUUAGAUCAAAACUUGUUGAAAUGACGAAGCUCAAGUUCACGACAAAACAAGAGAGUUUAAAAUAGCGACUAUAGUGUACGUAACUGAAAUAGCACAAGAAACACUUUCAAUACGAGCUCAUAUUUAUAUGCAUAGCGCCCCACAGCUUGGUGGGUCCAGCAUGUCAGUGUCAUUCGCUAUUCUAGCGAAGGGAAGAUGUUUUUUGAACCUUCGGCUAAAGGCCUUCGUCCAGGUCGCAGCCUAAAUUUGUUACAAGGAAGCAAAUUAAUACUGCGAGGGCCUACUGUUGGGGCCUUCCUCUUCCGAAGGUCCUAAAAACGUGACUAACCAUAUGUUUUCAGUACGAUAUAGAUUAUUACAGGAGUUUUCGGCUCUUAGAUAAAAGACCAUCUCUAAUGGUGAAAGUAUAGCCGUGUAAAGGAGCAACCCGAAGGUGAUAGGAGUAAGCGCCGAAGUUAUUGCCAGAGAGCUUCGGCUUGAUAUGGUGACGAAGACCAAGGACGUCACCGACUUAAAGGGGGAAAUGACCACUUAGUCUGUGAUAAUUUGUAUUACAAUCACGAGUAAAUGUCAAGGGCAUGAAUGUAAUUUUGUCCGGGCUUUGUCCUGUGCCUAUAAAUAGAUGAACAGUAGCACCGUACUGUUCACGCUCGAUUGUAAUCGUUCUCGAGCCAUUCUCGCUCCCACACCUUAUGGCAAGCCAAAGGUAUCAUUGUGACAUGAAUAUUGUUAAUGUUUAUUCAUAUUCAAUGAAGAUAAAUGGAUUAUGGAUAUAUAACAGACAUUAUCUCAAUUCCUUUGUACUCCUUCGUCUUCUUGUUUAUAUUCUUAUUUAUUAUACCAUAAAAUGAUGAAGGUGUGUCCUUCAUGACUUUCGUCUGAAGAUCAUUAUAUCCGAAAAAAGAUAAUGCUUCGGAGAAAAAAUGUCUUUAACCAUUAACAAUUGUGCUGUUUUGUUUUUGAUUUAUAACAUUUGAGAAUAAAUGACCAACAAACACCAAACUCGGUGCCACAAAUCUUGGCAAGGUCACCAUAUAUGGCGUCGAGGUGCUGUCGUGUAGUGGCGGACACAAAUGAUAGUUUGGGUAGGCCCAAUUAUACUGGAAUUCGAUCAAGAUAUAAACUAUUUCUCAACAUGCAAAGAAAUAUAAUUGAAAAAAAUUCUCUAUAUACCAUCGGAUUUAUGCUCAUCUCUUUAUGUGCUAUUGAGUAGUAUAAAGGGAAUUUUUUAUGUGUAUAAUAUGCGGGAAGUGAAAAUAAUUCGGACGUUGGGAAAGUCGUUCCGUACCCGUGUGCCGUAAAGGCGUAAACCACGUAUUGCGAAAACGGCUCACAGUUUCGAUGCGAUCGAAGCCGGAAGCACAGGUCCGUCAGACCCGAUCCGAGCCCCAGAUUCCAGCCGAAGCCGACCCCACACAUCUCUCCCGGUCCAGGUAGUUACGCGUCCUCUUCCUCCUCGUCGCCUCGCCUCCCAGUCGGCCAGUCGCCACCGCCCGAGAAGCCGAGCCCGCAGCCACCGGAUCCCAGCGGGCAUCGCCACCCACCCCGCUCUCCAUGGUGGCACGCGAGAGCGAGACCUAACCCUACCUUAACCUUACUACCUCACAAUGGCCGCCGCGGGGGAGCGCCGCAAGCUUUGUGGCUACCUACGCGCCGUGGUGUCCAUCCCCGGCGGGGACGUCGCGGCGGCGGCGUCUAUCCUUCCGCUGUCCCCGUGCACGCUCUCCGCGUGCGGGGCCGUGGCCCUUGCGCCGCUCCCCGACGACGUGCGGGCCCAGCCGCGGUGGCCCAGGUCGCGCGCCCCCGGCGUCGUGCGCCUGCUCAGGACGCUCGUGGCGAACCGCUGCGUGGAGGUGGAGGGUACGCUUCUCCGGGUCGUGACCAGGAGGAGGCCUGGGGAAGGGGAAGGGGAAGGGGACGGCGCCGCGGUGGAGGCCAGGGCCGUCGUGCUGCUCGACGUCUACAUACCCGUCGCCGCGUGGUCCGGUUGGCAGUUCCCGCGCUCGCGCUCUGCUGCCGCCGCCGUCUUCAAGCAUGUUAGGUGCGUCUCUUCCGUCUUUGUGUAUCUGUACAGGUGCAAUUUUGUCGAUCCCAUUGCCAUUUCGGAGGAAUAAGGAACUCCCGCACAACGCAAGGCAACUGGAAUAAAAUGGAGGAAUAAGGAACUCCCGCACAACGCAAGGCAACUGGAAUAAGGAAGCCAACGUAUUUCUCUCUGACAGAAGUUCCUGAUUCCCUCGGCAGUGGCGUGGUUGCCUAUGUUUGCUGUCUGUUUUGAUCUACUCGUUUUUUCGCUGUCUUGUGCUCGCUGUCUUCCGUGGUGUUUCAGUAGCAAUGGAAAAGGGUGAGUGAGCCUGUGUUGUGUUACAAGCAUCCCAGUUCAAUGGGAAAACAAACACAAAAGACAUGAACCAACUGAACAGCUUGAUUUAA